AUGAUACCACGUGGCAAGGAGCAUAUACUACUAGAAGGUGAAGGAUCAAAUUCGACGAUAAUUGGAUGGGGAGACUACAUCAAUAAUGACCCGGAACCAAAUUCAACCACGAUUACUUCAGUAGAGCUAAUGGCCACUGCUACCGUCACUCUCUAUGCAGACAAUUUUGUUGCUCGGGGCAUCCAGUUUCUGAACACGUACAAUGUGGGGAACAAGAAUCCUUUAAGACGUGCGCUAGCAGCAUUAGUUGGAGGAGACAAGGCCUCAUUUCAUAACUGCACCUUCAAAGGCUCUCAGGAUACCCUCUGCGAUUAUCUUGGUCACCACUACUUUGAGAACUGUUGGAUCGAAGGCUCUAUGGAUUUCAUAUUUGGCUAUGCUCAGUCUAUGUAUGAGAACUGCAUUCUUUCAGUGGUGGCCCCGGAUACGGAGGGGAGUGUAAGCUAUAUAACCGCACAAGGCCGAGGCCCUACUACUCCAGGUGGGUUUGUGUUCAAGGAUUCACAGGUGAUCGGAAGCAAUAAGGCCUAUUUGGGAAGAGCCUAUGGCCCAAUCUCCACUGUCAUCUUCCUUCACUCGUAUAUGUCGGGUAUUGUUGUUCCUGAAGGAUGGUAUGCUUGGUACUAUGUCGGCCAUGAGCAAACAUUGAUAUACGGAGAAGAUAGUUGUUGGGGUGAAGGAUACAAACCUAAUCAAAGAGUAAAGUGGGAGAAAAAACUAUCUCCAGAUGACUUGCACAAAUAUUCCAGCAUAAGAUAUAUUGACAGGGAAGGAUGGCUACCAAAUCAACCGUAAUUUAGAAGGGUCGUCUCGAAAUUAUGUUUCUUUCAUACGUUUUGAAUUGCUCGCUGUGCGCAUCUAGAUUGUUGAUGCUGAAUAAAACAUUAUGUUUUUCUUGUGCAAGCACCGGUGCUUUCCAUGUAUUA